AUGUUCAUACAUGCCAUUAGAGUUGCCCAAACCUAAAAUAAUUUAGGCAGAUGGAGAGCAAGUCGCCCAACUGGUAUGUCUGCUCCUCAAAGAAGUUAAACUUCAAGAAAUAUUCAACCAAGAACAGGUAGCAGAUAGAUGAGUCGAAGAAUACAAAGAAGAUAGACUUAGGAAAUCGCCAAUCCAAGGCAAUUUUAUUUCAGAAGCAAUAAUUAGGUUAAUCCUUUCACCUUCAACGAGCAAUACAUUAAUCAUAUCUUGAAUAGAUCAAUGCAGAGUGAUACUGACACCAAUUUGAGACUGAACAGAUUAAGACAGCAAGCAAUCUUUGGAUUAAAUGCUGGCAUUGAAAAUGACUAGGAUGAUCUUGGGGACCCUAGAUUACAAUCUAAUUGGACUUCAUUACUAAUUUAUGCCUAGAAAAGGCAAACUUAAUACCGAUAGAUUAAAAGAGAUUUGGUUAUUAAUAUAGUGUUAUUCUUCGCAUUUCUGAUAAUCCUACUUUUUUCAAUAAAGCUCGACACUCAGCUCUGCGGCAAAUAACAUUAAAUAUGGAUAGGAUUAUAUACAUUAUUCUACUUUACUAAAGUGGUUAUCACUACUUACCAAAUGUUCUUGGCUCAUAGAAAUAAAUAAAAAUUAAUACGUUAAACUUCGAUAAUUAAAUCAUUGGUAUUUAAUCCUAUUUAAAUUGCUUGGCUGGUGUAUGGAAAUAUUUUAUUUUACACCUACAAUAUUGAGAAGGAGUGUGGGCCUAAUCAAUCAGAUAUGACAAGGCUUUCCACAUUCUUGCUAAUCAUCAUGAUUGUAGGAUACAUAUAGUUGGUAUACUUCCUGCUGACAUUUCUUUUCCUGCUAUAUGUUUAUUUCAAAAGAAGAGAAUAGAUAAAUAUUGCUUAGGAAUAAGAAGCCAGAGAGAUUGAGAUCAUUGAGAACGCAGAAUAAAUUUAAUUUCCUUUCAACUAAGACUAAAAUUAGUACCAUCUUAGGCUGCUAGUUACUAAUUUAGAUCCUUAUCUUGAUAAAUUAGAGCUCUAUAAAUUCUAAUUAGAUCUGACAGACCCCUAGCAGCUUGAUGAAUGUGCUAUUUGCCUCAAUAAAUUUGUUUAAAAUGAAGAUCUAAUAAUUUUGAAAUGCGAUAAACGGCAUUACUUUCAUAAAGAUUGUGCUAGAGAAUGGAUUAAAAUCAAGGCUAAUUGCCCAUUAUGCAGGCAAGAGUUUAAGAAUGAGAUCAUUCACUUCCGAAGUAAUAGUAUAUAAUUAAACAAUUUGCCUACAGUGACUAAUAUUGAAUACCAAUCAAAUGACAAUAUAUUAAAUAAUAGACCACAGAUUAUCGAAUCGAACUUAAGGAGUACAGUAAUGCCCGCUGCUCCUCCUUAACCUUCAAGAUCUAGACUACUUUAGGUUAUCAAUAUGUUUAAUGAAAUUGAUAGCAACAACUCUAUGAUUAUUCCAAUGAACAGUCAGGAUGAAUCUGAUUAGAUUUAAAAUUUAGGAGGAAGGAACCGACGAAGAGCAAGAACUGGACGUAGAAAUCAAUCUAAUAUUCACAUAAUUGAGCCAAAUGCUACUAGUAUCAUCCAUGUUAUAAAUACCAUUGCUUAUCACAACCCAUAAAAUAUAGAUACAUAGAUACAAGGCAAUAUCUAAGAAGAGUAGAUUAUUAAUGCUCUGGCUAGAAGCUAGACUAGAGUAUUGAAUAAUAAUUAAAGGAACUUCGACGCAAAUGAUCCUGAAAUAGACAUGAGAAAUUUUAGAACUCAUUUAAAUGAAUUUCGACGUACUUAGAGAUAAGGUAGAAGACAUAUUCGCAGAUUUAAUAGUUAGGACUUUGAUGCUAACACUCUAGAAUAGCUUGACCUUCAAAACUAAAACUAAUGA